AGAUGGCGGCGGACACAGGGAGCUGGUGCGUGUACUCAGUGCUGCGAUUUUUUUAUUCACUCUUCUUUCCUGGACUAAUUAUAUGUGGAGUUUUGUGUGUAUUUUUGGUCAUUGGCCUUUGGGCUAUCAGGCGACAUCUACAGAGAAAGAAAAAGUCAGUGUCAACCAGCAAAAAUGGAAAAGAUCAAAUGGUGGUUGCGUUUUUCCACCCAUACUGCAAUGCAGGCGGCGGAGGAGAGAGAGUUCUGUGGUGUGCUUUGAGAGCCCUGCAGAAAAAGUAUCCUGAAGCAGUUUAUGUUGUGUAUACUGGUGACAUUAAUGUCAGUGGUCAACAGAUACUAGAAGGUGCUUUCAGAAGGUUUAACAUCAAGUUGGUUCACCCAGUACAGUUUGUUUUCUUAAGGAAACGCUACCUUGUGGAAGAUUCUCGCUAUCCUCACUUCACAUUGCUAGGCCAAAGUCUUGGCUCCGUUCUUCUUGGCUGGGAAGCUCUGAUGCAGCGUGUUCCUGAUGUUUACAUCGAUUCAAUGGGAUAUGCCUUCACACUCCCUCUGUUCAAAUAUCUGGGAGGUUGCCGAGUCGGAAGCUAUGUUCACUAUCCCACUAUCAGCACUGACAUGCUGUCUGUAGUGAAGAAUCAAAAUCCUGGGUUUAAUAAUGCGGCUUUCAUUAGCAGAAGUGCUCUUCUCAGCAAAGCAAAGCUCAUCUAUUACUACUUAUUUGCUUUUAUUUAUGGCCUGGUUGGGUCUUGCAGUGACGUAGUCAUGGUUAAUUCUUCUUGGACACUAAACCAUAUUCUCUCACUGUGGAAAGUUGGCCAUUGCACUAAUGUUGUUUAUCCACCUUGUGAUGUGCAGACAUUUCUGGACAUCCCUUUACAUGAGAAAAAGGUGACCCCAGGGCAUUUGCUGGUUUCCAUUGGCCAAUUCAGGCCUGAAAAGAAUCAUGCUUUGCAGAUCAAAGCCUUUGCUAAAUUGCUAAGUGAGAAGGCAGCUGAGUCCGGCCAUUCUCUUAAACUUGUCCUUAUUGGAGGAUGUCGCAACAAAGAUGACGAGUUCAGAGUAAACCAACUAAGAAGACUAUCUGAGAAUUUGGGAGUUCAAGAAAAUGUGGAAUUUAAAAUAAACAUUUCAUUCAAUGAAUUGAAGAAUUACUUGUCUGAAGCAACAGUCGGUCUGCAUACCAUGUGGAAUGAGCAUUUUGGGAUUGGAGUUGUUGAGUGUAUGGCAGCUGGUACAAUUAUCCUCGCACACAAUUCAGGAGGCCCAAAGCUGGACAUUGUCAUUCCUCAUGAGGGACAAAUAACUGGAUUCCUGGCUGAGAGUGAAGAAGGCUACGCUGAGACCAUGGCUCAUAUUCUUUCUCUGUCUGCAGAAAAGAGACUUCAAAUCAGGAAAAAUGCUCGAGCAUCUAUAAGCAGAUUUUCCGACCAGGAGUUUGAAGUAGCAUUCCUGUGUUCUGUGGAGAAGUUACUUACUUAAUGCCCAAUCUGCACAGUCCAGAUAGUUUCUCCAGAGUGGAGCUGGAGCUAUAGAUAGUGGGAGAGCCUAUGCCUGGUGUGUGCAAGUCCCAAGUUCCAUCUCCAGCACCAAGAGUAAAAGGAAGUGCUUCAUUUGGAAACACCUUCACAUGUAAAUAUUUUCUAAAUUUAUUCUUUAUUGUAAUAAAAGCAGCCUGAGCAAUA